UCCUGGCCGCACUACUAGAUCGCUUUGCCUAAGGACCGAACGCUCAUUAUCCCUUCCAAAUUGCCACCUUUGUCUUCAGCAGUUCUUGCACAACCACCUGCAGAGGCUCCUUUAAUGGAGGUACCAUGGGCGCCCUCCCUGGUGGUCCUGCUGGCCACCGCCGUCUUCCUGGUGGCCAUUCUCCGUCGCCACCGGCAGCAAUCGCGCAAGUACAACAUCCCGCCUGGUCCUCGGCCAUGGCCGGUGAUCGGCAAUCUCAACCUCAUAGGCCCCCUGCCACACCGCUCCAUCCAUGUGCUCUCGUCGCGGUAUGGCCCGCUCAUGUCCCUCCGGUUUGGUUCCUUCCCUAUCGUCGUCGGCUCCUCCCUUGAGGCGGCCGAGUUCUUCCUGAGGACACACGACCUGGCGUUCCUCGACCGGCCCCGGAUGGCCUGCGGCAAGUACACCGUGUACAACUACUCCGGCAUGCUGUGGUCGCACUACGGUCCAUACUGGCGCCAGCUCCGCAAGCUAUGGCUGACAGAGCUUCUUAGUACGAGGCAGCUGAGGCUGACAGAGCACAUCCGUGGCGAGGAGGUGCGCGCCAUGCUGCGCGACCUGCAUCCGAGCACGAGCACGGCGGCCUCCACCUCCACCGGGCGCGCGGUGGUGCUCAAGGACCACCUUCUCAUGGUGACCCUCAACGUCAUCUCGCGCAUGGUGCUGGGCAAGAAAUACGUCGGCGAAGGGGCUGGUUCGGCCUCGGCGGUGAAGCCGGAGCAGUUCAGGUGGAUGAUCGAGGAGAUCUUCUUCCUCAACGGCGCGCCUCACAUCGGGGACAUGAUCCCGUGGCUCAGCUGGCUAGACCCGCAAGGGUACGUCGGCAGGAUGAAGAGGCUGGGCAAGAUGUUCGACCGAUUCAUCGAGCACGUCCUGCGCGAGCACAACGAGCGGCGGCUGCAAGAGGGCAAGGCGUUCGUCCCCAAGGACAUGGUCGACCUGCUGCUACAGCUCGCCGAUGACCCCAUCCUUGAGGUCCCCAUUAGUGGCGACGGUGUCAAGGCAUCCGUUUUGGUAUGUUAUGUUAUUUGAUCGAUAAUCGUUUUCCGUUCCUAAUAUUUGUGAUUUUGUGUGGAGGUUAAGUUAACGGAAAAGACACUUCUAACGGUUCCGAUACCUAC